ACAGUGGUAGCGCUGGAGGGCUGCAAGGAUGAGACGCUACUCUUUGGGUCCUGCUAUAUGCCACAUGAUGGAGAAGCACCACAGACGGAACUUCGGAAGCUGGUAGAAACAGCUGCCAGAAAGAAGCACGCUCUGGUGGUGGGAACGGACGCAAACGCACAUCACACGGUCUGGGGAAGUGCAGAUAUAAACGACCGAGGUGAGUCACUAUUUACCUAUAUUCUUCAAAGUAGCCUAGAAAUAGCUAAUAGAGGUGAAGAACCAACAUAUGUGGGACCAACCUCGAAGAAUGUACUCGAUUUAACACUGUACACAAGCAGGCAUGUUAUGGUUCAGGAAUGGGAAGUGUUGAGUACGCCCUCAUUCUCUGAUCACAGAUACAUAAGCUUUCAGGUCAUAUUCCGCUCAAAAAACAAACUUACAUCCUUUAGAAAUCCUAAGAAUACGAACUGGGACUUGUAUAGGGAUAUACUAUCAAAAACACCAAUGAUACCCCGGAAAUACAAGUCACACGUCGCACUUGAGAAAGGGGUUGAAUUGUUUGCAACUACUCUCGUCAAAGCCUUUAAAAGAUCCUGCCCCCCAACACGUAAUAAACGCAAGGUGAAGCCUCCCUGGGUCCACGUUGUGGUCUCUAUCUCCAGACCCUAG